AUGGCGUCGGCCUGCGGUUCUGCUUGGCAUGCCCCAUCAGCCGCGGCGAGGUCUCUCCCGAUGACGUGGAUUUUUUCUUCGGCAUUUACCGUCACGUACAGGGCCGAUAACAAAAAUGAAAGCAGCACAGAGCCUGAAGCACUAUCACCAUGGGAUGCUCUGGGCUUGGGUACCGAAGCGUGGGCCGCAUCCAAGGAAACCGUGUGGUAUACGAUCUUCGAAAUUGCAUGCUGGAGCAAGGCUGCCGUCGAGGAAGCUGGGUCGAAGUACAUGGAAGAUAAACAAGGAUGGAUCAAAGACUCCCAAAGAGACAGCCGUCAACUCCCAGUCUACCUCGCGCUCAUCCAACGGCGGUCUGAGUUCACGGUAGCUGCGGGUUGGCUCUAUGCCGGCCACCUGGUCAGGCAGUGGUUGAACUCCACACAAGCCGAAGGCACAGAAACUGCCGUAGUCAGCCAUGCAACUACAAAAUCACUGGAACCCCUCGUGGAUAACGUCAAGAGGAACGGGAAAGCCUCUCGAUUGGCCUUGAUAGCGCAGUGUCUUGCCAAGCGACCUUCCACGUCUAAACCGGCCAAGAUGGCCAGAUACUCGAUCCUCUCCGGUCUCCCAUAUCGGCCUGAGCUUGGGCUCUUGUACAAUGACCUCGAGCACUCACUCGCCGACAACCCUUUGAACUCCCAAGCGAACUGCUCUUUAUCAAAUUCCGGAGAAAUCUCGGUUUUUUCACCAUUUCAUGUCACAGACGAAGUCGGCUACAGGUUCGCUUGUGGUUUCAAUGCAGAAGAGAACGAAAGCGAUGGUGAGGAGGAGGAGGAAGGGAACGCAACCCGCGCCGUCAUUCUAGACCUGCCGCUCUUUUCAGAUUAUUUAGCCCCUCAUUCCGUGGUGCAGGAUAUUGCAGCCGGACUCCAGGCAGACGUUGUCCACAUCACUUCUAGCUCGAUCGCUCGUUUGCUGGAGUGCCCUUUGCCUCUCUCGAGGGACGGCAUCCGAAUUCCCACGGAUCCAAUCUCAAACCUUCGCUUCCGGGCCGCAGAGAGGAGUGGGUGGCUGAACUCUGCUGCAAACAGUCUGGCAACGCCAGAGACUGGUAACGCGAGGGCUCUCAAGCGAGAAUAUUGGGAGGGUAUAAACAUGACGGGGAGUGCCGGCACCGACAACAGCGGGGGCUGGCGGAGGUUCGUGAUCAACCAGUUCCCGCGCGAGAUGGACGGCCUCGAGGCCGGCGGCGGCGCGUUCGUCAUGGCGGCGACGAACCGCCCCUUCGACCUGGACGACACCGUCCUGCGCCGCCUGCCGAGGAGGCUGCUCGUCGCGCGGCCGCCGGAGGGUCCUGAGCGCGGCGCACUUUGA